GUACAGCUACCACUCUCUCAUCAGGAGGCAAGAGUUCUCUACUGCAACCAAGAUACCGCCAGAAUGGAUCUGGUCGCAGGUGUUCGCAAGGAAGGCAGCCGCGGCGGCCGCGGCGACUUCAAAUGGUCCGAUGUCAAGGACUCCUCGCAUCGCGAAAACUACCUGGGACAUUCUCUCAUGGCUCCUGUCGGUCGUUGGCAGCAGGGCAAGGAUCUGACAUGGUAUGCUAAAGGCGACGCGGACGAUGAGGAUCAAGCAAGGAAGGACCGCGAGGAGAAACAACGGGUCAAAGAGGCUGAGGAAGAGGCGAUGGCGCGAGCUUUGGGACUGCCUGUCCCCGCUAAGGCGUCGGAGAAUGCCAACUUGACCCCACUCGGUGGCCCGUCCGAAACUGCGGAUAAAGAAGGGGGUGACGAGGCUGGCAAGGGACCUGGCUACGGUUCAUCUCGAGGGGAUGCUGACCCGCGCCCCAGUCGGAGACGGAGAGGUGGACAUAGCCGCAGUCCUGACAGAGAGCGGAGGCGGGAUCGAGCAUCGGAGAGGGAGAGGAAUAGGGACAGAGACCGGGAGCGUAGGCACCGCAGACAUCGUGAUGAGGAUGACCGUCAUCCUCGCAGUCACCGACACAGGUCGCGAUCCAGGUCGCGGGAUCGCGAUCCUAGAAGACGACGAUCGCGCUCGCGAAGUAAAGAGAGGACCCGCGAAGAUUACAGGAAACGUCGAGACGAUCGUCAUCGCGCAGACCCAAGAGACAGGGAUUUCUCUGACCGUCGCCGCCAUUGAGCAUGCAGUCUACUCGCAUACCAGGAGUCAGGAGUUUUUGAAUAAGUAACACUGUACAGUCGUUUGGAAAGCUUGCUAUCUUAUUGUAUAUCACAUCAAGAUAUCCUCAUCGCUCUACGUCUACAAUUCAUCGUGGCCCUUUGCUCCGUUGGCGGGCAGAUCGGGCAUGGACAUGAUCUUCACAACCAUGCUUGUCCAGCCGGUGAAGUGCUGUGUCCGCUGCCCUUGUCCAGUCUCGGGGUUGUACUGCUCCCAAGCAAAGCCAGUUGCCUUCCACUGUCUAAAGACAUUCUCAACCAAGUUCUUCCGCAGAUUGGAAUACAGCUCACGGGCUUGCUCGCUGUGGGGACCAG